AAAUUUAGAUAGGAUGAUGUAUUAGGAGAGAGUGAUGUGAAGGAGGAGGCAAGAGGUGGGUGGGGGAAACAAGAAGGAAGGGUUGUGGGAGGAGAGAGAGAGGAGAGAGAGAGAGAGAGAGAGAAGCGCCGAGCUGCACUCAGCAGAGCCUAAGCGCGAAACCAUCCUCUCUCGCUUUUCUUUUUUUUUCUUCUGAAAUCAUUUCAUUUCAUCUCAAUCAGCACACCGUAACCCUCUUCACAUUCAAUUUGAGUUGGGAAAAGUGAAAUCCUGUGUUCCACAUUUCCAAACACUCCUCUUUCUCUCCCUUCGUGAAUCUGCCGCUACAGUAUUGUGCAGUGCCGUUUUUUCUCAGAUCUGGUGUCGAAGAUGGAGAGCGAAAAGAAAUCGUCGGCGAUAUCUGACGUCGGCGCGUGGGCCAUGAACGUUGUCAGCUCCGUCGGAAUCAUUAUGGCCAACAAACAGCUUAUGUCCAACAAUGGCUAUGCUUUCAGCUUUGCGAGUACGUUGACUGGGUUCCACUUUGCUGUGACUGCUCUGGUUGGUCUAGUGUCAAAUGCUACUGGUUACUCAGCGUCGAAGCAUGUACCCAUGUGGGAGCUUAUUUGGUUCUCUCUGGUUGCCAAUAUGUCUAUCACGGGGAUGAAUUUUAGCCUCAUGCUCAACUCCGUUGGAUUCUACCAAAUAUCAAAGCUUAGCAUGAUUCCUGUGGUUUGUGUGAUGGAAUGGAUCCUUCACAGUAAGCACUACCCAAGGGAAGUGAAAAUGGCAGUGGUGGUUGUGGUGAUUGGUGUUGGGGUUUGCACUGUAACUGAUGUAAAAGUCAAUCUCAAAGGUUUCAUGUGCGCCUGUUUAGCAGUUUUGUCAACAUCUUUACAGCAAAUUUCAAUAGGUUCUCUUCAAAAGAAAUAUUCAAUUGGAUCUUUUGAAUUGCUGAGUAAGACUGCUCCCAUCCAAGCCCUGUUUCUUCUUAUUCUUGGUCCGUUUGUUGAUUACUACCUCAGUGGCAAGUUGAUAACCAACUACAAGAUAUCUUCUGGUGCCAUUUUAUGCAUUCUCCUUUCAUGCUCGUUAGCUGUAUUUUGCAAUGUGAGCCAAUACCUUUGCAUCGGGCGUUUUUCAGCUGUUUCUUUCCAGGUUUUAGGCCACAUGAAAACAGUGUGUGUUCUGACAUUGGGAUGGCUGCUAUUUGAUUCAGAGCUAACUUUCAAGAAUAUCAUGGGAAUGGUUAUAGCAGUUGUUGGCAUGGUAAUUUACAGUUGGGCUGUAGAGGUUGAAAAGCGCUCAAAUGCAAAGACCUUUCCUAACUCAAAAAACAGCCUUACGGAAGAAGAAAUUAGACUAUUGAAGGAUGGAGUAGAAAAGAGUCCUCUGAAGGAUGUUGAACUUGGUGGUGAAAUUGAGAAAUGAAUCAAUUGAUUUAAUUUGGUUUGUGCCUUUUGUCUAGUCUACAUGGUAGUAAAUCCAUUUUUUUCUGCUCCGUUUUUACAAUGUGUACUGCAUUAAUUUGGUUUGUACCCUAGUGUCUAUCUGCUUACACUCGCACAAAUCCAUUUUUACAAGUUGUUUCCAUUCAUCAGCAAUGUUUAUUUAUUAGUUUGAUAUUUUACUUUUGUUGUUACAUUGAGGUUAUUCAUUUGGCCUGCCAGGAUAUUUGCUAGAUGAACAAUACGAGGGCGCCAUUAAGAUGUACAAUGUGUAUGCUAGUGAGAAGUGAUAACCCCUCACGCAAUUUCUUGUUUUAUAUACAUUCAUUUUUGUCUUUUAUGCUUAUCAAUGGUACAGUAAUUAUUGAAAUUCAAUAAAGUUAUUUAGUUCG